AGGAAGUGUCAAAACUGCGAUAGUUUGUGUAAAGAAAAGACUUCUUCAGUCUGAAGAUGAGGCUCCUCCACAGCCCCUCACCUCCACCACUGUUAACCUCCUUUGCACCGCGCAAAACCUCAAUUCUUCACAAAAAAGCUUCUCUCAACUAUGCACAGAAACCCCUUCAACAAGCUCUAUCAACUGGGAUCUCAUUAGUUCUAUCAUUGGGGCUUCUUGUUUCUGCUCCUAAUUCCAUCCUUGCACUGGAAUCUCCUUCACUACUUGAAUCUUCUAACUCAUUAAAUUGCCCCGAGAACGAGGUGAAGGAGGUGUACACUACUGAAGUAUCAAAAGUGGUGAGCAAUGAAAGGAUUGUGGAAGAGGCUUGGCAGAUUGUGAACGACAGCUUUCUUAACACCAGCCCUCGUUCUUGGUCUCCUGAAUCUUGGCUUAAAAAGAAAGAUGACAUCUUAAGUUCAUCAAUUCAGACAAGGUCAAAAGCUCAUGAUAUCAUCAAGCGGAUGUUGGCUAGUUUGGGUGACCCCUAUACACGUUUUCUUUCUCCUGAAGAGUUCUCCAAGAUGGCUAGAUAUGAUAUGACUGGGAUUGGAGUUAACCUCAGGGAUGUUCCCGAUGGCAAUGGAGGUUCAAAACUGAAGGUUUUAGGGCUCCUAUUGGAUGGCCCUGCCCAUAGCGCCGGUGUACGACAGGGAGAUGAACUAGUGUCAGUGAAUGGGGUGAAUGUGCGGAAUAAAUCUGCCUUUGAAGCAUCUUCGCUGUUACUAGGUCCAAGUGGGACAUUUGUGAACAUCAUGGUUAAGCAUGGAAAUUGUGGACCUGUUCAAUCCAUUGAUGUGGAGAGGCAGUCUAUUGCUAAGACGCCGGUUUUUUAUCGUCUGGAGCAGAUUGAAAGUGGUUCUGUUUCUGUUGGUUAUGUGCGCCUAAAGGAGUUCAAUGCAUUGGCCAGAAAAGAUUUGGUUACUGCAAUUAAGCGACUUGAAGGCAUGGGUGCCUCAUCUUUUGUUCUUGAUCUCAGAGAUAACCUAGGUGGACUAGUGCAGGCUGGCAUUGAAAUUGCGAAACUUUUUCUGAAUGAAGGAGACACGGUGAUUUCCACUGUUGGAAGGGAUCCACAGUAUAGAAGGAAUAUUGUUGCAGAAGCUCCACCUCUUAUUACAGCUCCAGUAAUUGUAUUGGUUAACAAAAAAACUGCAAGUGCCAGUGAAAUUGUUGCAACUGCACUUCACGAUAACUGUAGAGCUGUUCUCGUGGGAGACAAGACAUAUGGCAAGGACUAAUAGACCUCCACAUUGGCGCAUGUUAGCAGCCAAAGGAAAAGCAACUAGCAUUGGUGGUAAUUAACAUAUUCAUUUGAUUUGAAGAGGUGAACACUUACUUAAGAACAGAGAGUGGCUGAGUCGGGGAUCUCAGCUCCUUCCUGUUCCCUAUCUGAGGCGUUUGUGUUGCAGCUCCUUUAACAGUACUCUAUUUGGGAAGACGUGCUCCUGGAAAUUGCUGCAACUAUUGCACAGCUGUCUGGAGAAGAGUUGUGCUGAGAUGAAUACAAUUACACAAGCUCACUUAACGGCCUAAGUAAGUCAGGGGAAGGAACUGUACAAAGAAAAACCAUUAUUUGGGUAACCAGAUCCCAAGGGGACUAUUUUAAGGAUAUUGCUCUGUAAUCAGUUAAUUUCUCAGACCGUGAAUUAAGUAUAUUUGCCUUUUGUCAUUUUAGUUGUUGGGAGGAGAUCUGUGCAGUUGGCACUGUAUAUGGCCUUUCACUGUGAGGUUGAAGUAGCUUGAAACCCAACUAUAUAUUUUUACCAUAGCUACAAAGUUCUGGUGUAUGGGAGGGUAGAUUUGCUGGUUCUUCUUUCUGAGUUACAACAUCACUGUAUUCUUCGCAUCAUUGCAGGGGCUGAUUCAGUCCGUGUUCGAGCUGCCUGAUGGCUCGGGUGUGGUUGUAACAAUCGGGAAGUAUGUCACACCAAAUAACUUGGAUAUUA